UCUCGAGGGUUCACGCAAAUUUCUCCUAUUCUUUUUGCCUGACUUCAACAUGGGAAAAUCGAAUGCUAGGACCAUUGUUCUUAACUACCUAGCUUUGACUUAAUAUACUCUCUAUAAAUCUCUGACUGUCUGCUUUCAUUUAUUUCACUUUUCUGCUGUCUGAAUCUGAACAGGGAAAUGGCUGCUGCGUCAGCGAGGACGUUUAUAUGUAUUUUUCUAGUUGUUAUGUUCAUUUCUGCAAGUUCCCAGGAAGAUGUUGCUGAUGUUUGGACCGAGAAGGAGAGGGUAUUGUACGGUACCAAAAAUGAAAUUGGUGGAAGGAAAAUGGUUCCCAGCAAAGUUACAGUCAAGAGGGUAGAAAUUGAAGGCAAUGAAACACUUCCAGAGAGCUUAAAAACAUGGAGCACUGAAAAUCAUGCAGUGGCUGAAAAAUCAGGCAACAAUGAGAAGAAGAAGAAGAAAAAUGGUGCUGUGAAUGGAGGAAGUAAGGGAAGCUUUAUUGAGGCUGGUUUUGUAGAUUUAAACGCUGAUUACCAUCCUCCUAGGAAUCACCCUCCUAAAAACAACUGAGGAACCUUUAAUGGUGAUUCUUUUAUAUUGAAUAGUGAAAUUUCGAUUAUUCACUAUAAAUUAAUUUAAUGUAUUUUUAGUAUUGAUUUUUUUUACUAAAUUUCACCACAAAAAUUUUA